CUAUCUUCUAUAUCAUCUGUUAUCCUAAAACCAUGUAGCACACCAUUGAAGCCUUGUCUCAUACCUCUUUGUUUAAGAAGCUGCCAAUGGACGACGCAAGCUGCCUUUUUCUACCAUUUCAACGAAGAAAAAAAAGGCACCUGAUAAGGUUUAGACAAUCACCUUUUGGGGAAACCAAAAGCUGUCAUUUCGAAUUUUAAAAACCGUCGUCUGAAUUUUUUUUUGGCUGCCUUAUUUAAGAAAACGUUCUUGACCUUUCCAACUUUAGCUUCUUCCUUUCUUUUUUAUUCUAUCUAAUGUCUCAAACAAUUCGUAUUAAAGCUGUCGUUGACACUGUAUGUCCAUGGUGCUUUAUAGGAAAGCGUAGAAUGGAAACAGCCAUUAAACAAUUCUCUGCAACCCAUCCUAAUGUUACCUUUCAACUCCAAUGGUUUCCUUACCAAUUAGACCCCACUCGCACCGAAACAUCUAACAAACUCGAAACCUAUCAUAAAAAGUUUGGUAAAGAACGCUUUAACCAAAUGCUUCCCAAUGUUACCGCUGUUGCAGAAUCAGAAGGCAUUGCCUUGAAGUUUGGUGGUGUCAUCUCUAAUACCCUGGAUUCUCACCGUUUAAUUUGGUGGGCUAACCAAUUUGGCAAGCAAGACCAAGUAGUCGAGAAAUUAUUUGAAUUAUAUUUCGAGUUGAAUCAAGACUUGGGUGAUCAUCAAUCAUUAGCUAUUGCAGCUGAAAAAGCAGGUUUAGAUAAGCAAAAGACGCUUGAGUUUCUCAAGAGCAAUGAAGGAGCUUCUCAAGUAAAAGAGCUAGUAAGAAACAAUGUCUUUAAUCAAAUUGAUGGUGUUCCACAUUAUACAAUCAAUGACAAGUAUGGUAUCUCGGGUGCUCAAGAAGCUUCCACACUUGUUCGUGCUUUUGAACAGAUUCUUAAAGCUGAAUCACAACUUUUUUUUUCUGAGCGGGUAAACAAUUCAACAAUACACUAAUAACUAAACAGAGCUGCUUAUUAAUACAAUAUUAUUUAUGCAAAUAAACGUAUUUUUGUAUUACUCAGAACACAACAUCAUUUUCAGUAAUAAUUGCCUAAUUUUGAAACAGAAAUAAACCAUUGAAAUCAUUUUGUUAUUUACAAAGAAAAAACCAUGCCUAUAUAUAUAUAUAUAUAUAUAUAUAU